CGCAACACAACGCAUGCCUUUAAAAACAUCUCUUUCACCAUAGCCGAAAGAAACGAGAGUAUCAGAGAGAGAGAGAGAGAGAAAGAGAGACAAUAUAUAUAGAGAGAGAGAAUAUAGAGAGAGAAAUACAGAAAUCAAAGUCGAGCAAACAUAUCUUUGGUUGGGAAAAGAAAGCUUAAUUUAAUCCGAUAGGUAUAUAUAUUAGCGAGGCCUAAAAAGCAAAUGAAAAAAUCCUGAAAUUUCAACGAUUGAAAUCACUUCCUUGUUACGCACGUGGAAUUCUGAGAGCUCGAUCGGUUUGUUGCAUUUCGAGUUGAAUUCUGCGUAAUUGGAUUGAAGGAUGUGAAUCUGUCUGGAAUUUGAAUGCGACUCCAACUGAUUCCGCAGCGGAUCUGAGCGACGGUUAUAGAAAUUGAAUUUCGAAAUUCUGAGAUUUCACGUGGAUAUAUGAUCGUGAAUUCAGUUGAAUUUUGCUGUAUUAUAAUACACUACUGUUUUUUAAGAAAUCGCAACCUGUAGAACAAUUUGUAGAUGGAGCUGCCUCAACCUAGAGCUUUUGGAACUGAAGGCGGAAAGACAACACAUGACUUUCUUUCACUGUAUUCAUCCCUCGAGCAAGAUUCCAGACCUCCCCAAGGUGGCUUCCUUAGAACUCAUGACUUCUUGCAACCACUAGAAGGAGCAGGGAAGAGUGUGGGCAAGGAAGAAAUUGAUGAUGAGGUUGAAAUGAGAGAUGUGGAGAAGCCUCUUCCACCAGCUCAUCCUGCAGUGGAGCAUGUUCUUCCUGGUGGCAUUGGGACCUAUAGCAUUUCUUACCUGCACCAAAGGUCUCCAAAGCCAAAUGAUGAAAACUCAGACUACAGUUCUUGCACAAGGAAUGAAUCCACUUUGAAGAAGGGAAUGGCAAAGAAGGAUAAUUUUGCUGGAGAUUUCAGAGCUGUUCUAAGAGAAACAGGUAUGAACAAAGGAGGAGGAUCACAGCUUGGACAGCCAUCACAAACACCCUCAAAUCUUAAGAAUAAAACUGCAACAUUCAGUUCUUUCUUAGCCUCCCAGCAAUUUUCAGAACAAAACAAUCAGAGCUUCUUAGACAUGAUCGCAUCAUCUAAAAGUGUGCGAGAAGAUGACGGCGACUUAGAAGAAGAAGAAGAAUUUGUCAUUAAGAAAGAACAAUCAUUACACCCAAAAGGUAAUUUGUCAGCUAAAGUUGAUGAAAAAAGCAGUGAUCAGAAGCCAAAUACUCCACGCUCAAAGCACUCAGCAACAGAGCAGCGCAGGAGGAGCAAGAUCAAUGACAGAUUUCAGAUGUUGAGAGGUAUCAUCCCUCAUAGUGAUCAAAAGCGAGAUAAAGCAUCAUUCUUGUUAGAGGUGAUUGAGUAUAUUAAGUUUCUACAAGAGAAAGUACACAAGUAUGAGGGAUCCUAUCAAGGCUGCAGGGACAAUGAAACUUCAAAGUUGCCAUGGAGCAAAUGCCAUAGUGAUGCUCAAGGUUAUAUUGAUCAUUCCCAAGGCAAAAAUAAUGUAUCAGGUCCAGCACUGAUGUUUGGUGCAAAAUUUGGUGGGACCAGACCUUGGAUCUCUCUGCCAAUUCCCAUCAGUGAGCAGAAUAUAGAAUCAAACAUGAAGCUAGCUUGUCCAAAGGAAAAUGAUCAUCAGAUUGAAAAUAAUGAAAAACCAGUCUCUCUUCCAAUGCUCCCAAAUGCAUUUCCCUUUUGUGGCACAAGUAACAUAGUGGCACAGCAUUCACCUAAACUGGCACUUGGUAGAGAUGCAUCAACAACAUCAAGGCAUCAGUCUCAGUGUUCAUCAGACAGAUCACACAUAACCAGUCAAGCAGUUGCAAGUGAUAAAUCAAAAGAUGAGGACCUGACUGUAGAAAGUGGUACGAUCAGCAUCUCAAGCAUGUAUUCUCAAGGGUUGUUAAACACUCUCACCAAAGCACUUGAGAAUUCUGGAGUAGAUUUGUCCCAAGCCAGCAUCUCAGUACACGUUGAUCUUGGGAAGAGAUCAAACGGCAGAUUGAAUAAUUCUUCUGCAUCCACACUCAAGGGUGAUGAUGUUUCUACAAGCAAUCAACCAAUGCCACACUCCAUUACAAGCACCAGCCAAGGUGAGUGUGGCCAAGCCCAGAAAAGACUAAAAACAAGCAGAGGCUAAGCUGACAUAAAGAACCAAGCAUUUUCCACAAUUUACUUGUUCAUGGUUUGCUAUUUAUAACUAGUGGUAUAGAUAUAGAAAACUACCCAAAGGAGAUGGGUGAUGAGUGUACAUGAUUAGUCUGCACAGAGCACAGGUUGUGUCCUUAACCAAUUAACCAGCCUCCCUUAUUCAUUAAUUGAGAGUUGUAGUAGUGGGAUAACCCAUCCAAGAUGGCAAGAGAUCCACACUUGUAACCACAAGGUGAGUUCUGAUCUUUGUCCCCUUGGUUUGAGCCUGAUUGGUAACAUAGACUAAUUUACUUCCUUGUAGUCCUUUGCUGGCUAGGGUCACAAGGUCGGCGGAGAUUACUCACACUCGAAAAGGUUGUAGGGAUAACUACAUCCAAGAUGGCAAAAGAUCCACACUUGUAACCACAAGGUCACGAGUUCAUAUCCUUGUCCCCUUGAUUUGAGCGGGAUGGGUUAGCUAGACUGGUUUACUUCCUUGUAGUACUUUGCCGGCUAGGGUCACAAGGCGGAGAUUACUCACACUUGACGGUUGUUGGGUUUCCCUUGUCAUCCAAAAAAAAAAAAAAGUAGUAGUAGUAGUAGUAUAAUUCAUGUAUUUUUGUGGAGGAGAGACUUCCAUGCAUGGUGAUGUUGAGAAGCUGUCUUUUUUAGUUUAAGGGUUCCAUUCAUUCCAUGUGAAGCUCAAUACUCUUAUUUGCAGAUUGAUUUUAGUUCAUAUGAUGAUUUCAGAAUUGAA